AUGGCGCUUGUAACCCAGCAUCAGAUCCAAAAGUUCCGCAAGGAUGGCUUCUUGGUCCUAGAGCAUUUUUUCACCGCAGAGGAGUGUGACAGCAUGAGGAACCAGAUUCAGAGAAUUGUAGCAGAGAUGGAAGUGCCACCGCACUGCCGCACUGAGUUCUCCACCAAGGAAGAGGAGCAGCUCCGGGCGCAGGGUAGCUCGGAUUAUUUCCUCACCAGUGGAGACAAGAUUAGAUUCUUCUUUGAGAAAGGUGUUCUGGAUGAGAGAGGUAACUUUCUAAUUCCAAAGGAGAAAUCCAUCAGCAAGAUUGGCCACGCUUUACAUGCUUAUGAUCCUGUCUUCAAGCAAAUCACCCACUCUUCCAAGGUGCAGGAAUUGGGAAGAAAACUAGGCCUUGAGAGACCAGUAGUUGUGCAAAGCAUGUAUAUCUUCAAGCAACCUGGCAUUGGCGGUGAAGUGACCCCGCACCAGGAUGCCACCUUCCUGCACACGGAGCCUCUGGGCAGAAUCUUGGGGUUCUGGAUUGCCCUGGAGGAUGCCACACAGGAGAACGGCUGCUUGUGGUUCAUUCCUGGUUCUCACACCAGUGGAAUUACCCGAAGAAUGGUCCGUGCAUCUUCAGGUUCCUCAACAUGUGUAGAGUUUAUAGGGUCAGAACCAGCCUACAAUGACAGCCAGUUCAUACCUCUGCCUAUAAGUAAAGGUGGACUCAUUCUCAUCCAUGGCGAAGUAGUCCAUAAGAGUGAACUGAACAGCUCGGAGUCUUCUCGCCACGCUUUCACCUUCCAUGUGAUGGAAGCCAAAGACACCAGCUGGAGCAAAGAGAACUGGCUCCAGCCAACUCCUGAACUGCCUUUUCCAUCGCUUUACACUUGA